ACAAGAGACGGACACGCCUUCGUUCUUAAAGGUUAGCGCAGCUUAUAUUGUAUACCUGCUGCUGUCAUAGCUGCAGUAAACCCUGCCUAUCAUCCACGAGGACACCAAUAACAACAACACAAAGAGAAAGCACUGCAAAAAAGAAAGAAAAGGAAGCACCACUGCAGAAAUGGAGUCCACAGAAAUGUCAGACAGCGUUGGCAGCAGCCGUCGAUAGAGGUCGAGAAUAACACUGACGUCCGAAUCCUGUGCAAUGCCCAACCAGAAGAGCAACAAGGGAAAGAAAAGCAAACGCACUAACAGUAGCGGAGAUGAGCAGGAAAAUGGAGCCUGCGCCGCCGCUCCGGGAGGCGCGGCGGCGGCGACGACGACGACGACGGCGGCGGCUGCAGCGCCCAGGCACGAGCGCUCCAGUGAGGGCCAGUGUGCGACCCCUCUGGGCUGCAGCUUGGCCCGCCCCAUCGACCUGGAGAAGGACGACUACCAGCGCGUGCUCUGCAACAGCGAGCUCUGCCCUCACGGCAACUGGAUGCACCUGCAGUGCUUCUACGAGUGGGAGAGCUCCAUCCUCGUGCAGUUCAACUGCAUCGGCCGCGCGCGCUCCUGGAACGAGAAGCAGUGCCGGCAGAACAUGUGGACCAAGAAGGGCUACGACCUGGCCUUCAGGUUCUGCUCCUGCCGCUGCGGCCAGGGCCACCUGAAGAAAGACACCGACUGGUAUCAGGUGAGACGUCUGCACGACGUCUGCAAGAAGAAGCCGACGGAGAGGAGCAGGAACGGGUCCAGCGGGGGGGCCGCAGGGCCCGGGGACGGGCUUUUUGACGAGCCCAAGAGAAGCAAGCCCCCCGGGGCGGUGGGUAUAGGAGGAGGUAAGCUACCCCACGGUCAGGACUUACCCCGGAGACUAUCACUGGACCGCCAGAACUCCACCGAGAGGGGAGCGGCAGGAGGACCCUUUUCUCUGGGGCCUCCUCAGAAGUCUCCAUGCGGCUCCCCGGGGAAGUCUCCCCCAACUGGUUUCCCUCUCUCCCCCACCGCCAGAGGACCCGGAUCGCGAGGGUCCCGUCGGCUGGGGGAGUUCUUCAAAUCUGCCGUCCACACGGACCCGCACCGGAAACACCUGCUGGUCGGGGGAGCUCUCAGCAGGGGAGGCGGCUGCUCGAUGGGCGCCUCCGGCGGCGACCCCGGGUCUGCGGUCCCCCUGCCGCUGGCCUUCAACCUCCCGCUCCACCACCGGCUCGCCUCCGGCGGCGCGGGGAACGGCGCGCACUCUCACCCGGUGCAGUUCCUGAGGAGGCUGGACCUCUCGGAGCUGCUCACCCACGUCCCCCGACAUAAACUCAACACCUACCACGUCCGCAUGGAGGACGACGCCCAGGCCGGCCAGGGAGAAGAGCUGCGCAGGUUCAUCCUGUCGGCGCUGAGCGCGAGCCGGAGGAACCUGGUGAACUGUGCGCUGUGCUACCGAGCGCUGCCCGUGUUUGAACAGUUUCCUCUGGUGGACGGGACUCUGUUCCUCAGCCCUUCACGCCACGACGAGAUCGAGUACGACGUCCCCUGCCACCUUCAAGGCAGGUUAAUGCACCUCUACGCCAUCUGUGUGGACUGUCUAGAAGGCGUCCACAAGAUUGUCUGCAUCAAGUGCAAGUCACGCUGGGACGGGAGCUGGCACCAACUGGGCACAAUGUACACCUACGAUAUACUGGCCGCUUCCCCGUGUUGCCAGGCUCGUCUCAACUGUAAGCACUGCGGGAAGCCGGUGGUGGACGUCCGAGUGGGGAUGCAGUAUUUCUCGGAGUACAGCAACGUCCAGCAGUGCCCUCACUGCGGCAACCUGGACUAUCACUUUGUGAAACCGUUCUCCUCCUACAAAGUACUCGAGGCUUAUUGACAAAUGGUGUCCAUGCAGGCUGGUUAAGCUGCGGUCUGUUCUACUUUUUUAUUUAAAACACAACCUCUAAAAGAUUUUAUUUUUGGGGCCUCAAGGUGAUUUUAUGUCUUUUAAGUUCGCUCUUUUUUUGGUUUCUUUUUUAUGUAUAGAAAAAAAGUAUGACUAGUUUUCAACAAAAAGAAAAAAGAAAAGAAAAAAAGUUCCAAGACAGUAUAUCUCAGCAGUUAGAGAAACGUGUUGAUAAAGUGUGGAAUGGGCACAUCAGUUAAGCAAACACACUUAUCUGUGAGAAAUGAAUGUACCUGUAUGCCAAAAUUUGCUUUUAUUUAACUUCUCUUUUUUUUUUUAUACCAAAAACAUAACGAUGAAUCUCAAAUAAAGCAGAAAAAGAAAUG